AUGUACAAAGCUGCUUUUCGGAAGUUUUUCUGGUCCGUUGUGAUUAUGUUGCUUCUUUACGCUCUGGUUUAUCUUAUACGGACAUAUUACAUAAUCGUACAAAUCAACCAAAUAAUCCUCGACAAAAUGGACACUGGAUUCGAUAAAUUUCAAUCUACCUGGAACUCAUCGCCAGUUAGCGAGAGAAAGUUCAUAGUCGUACUCUACACAGACAAAAAAGAAAAAUGUAUAAUAUUUGGAACGAUAGAUAGUGCUAAAUGGGCAAAUCACGGCGGAAUCAUCUACAAUAAUUAUCAUACAACAAUGAACUCACUAUUAGCCUACAAAGAAGAGCUUGCAGCAUUGUACAAACUAGUUCCAGUAUGGAUAUCAAAACGAUUCCACACACCAUGGAACGAAUAUGUUAAUACCUUGGAUGUCAUAUGCUAUUACCUAAAAAAUUUGCCAGAAGAUAAUAGUGUUAAACAUUGUAAUUGCAUUUUUGGCAACCACGGAAAAAUAGUAGUGACACAAAUAUUAAUGCGAAUAGCCGAGGGAAAAAAUACAUGCAAAACUCUAAUGGAUCACACGAUUGAUUUUGGUAAUAGAGUUGAUGAUCUUGCCGACAAAGCAUUGUUUUAUUUUUUCUUGCAGCUUUUUCAGCGGAAUUUCUUGGUACGUGUAAGACCAAGUACAAAUGAGUAA